AUGAGCUGCCACAAUGACACCGCAUGCAGCCCUGGGGAGAAGUGCUGCAUUCGCGGCUGCUGCGCCCGCUGCAUGCGUGCCGAGCCAGCCAAACCUGGCUUCUGCCCGUGGAAGCGUGUCCAGAGGAGAGCCACUGCCUGUCCCAACCGCUGUGCCGAUGACCGGGACUGUCCUGGGGACCGCAAGUGCUGCUUCUCUGGCUGUGGGCUGGCCUGCACCCUCCGGGACACAGGGAGCCGCCAUGCCACAGUGAAGGCCGGCGCGUGCCCCGUGGUGCUGCGGGGCUCCCUGGGACCCUGCCUGGAGCUGUGUGAUGCUGAUGGCAACUGCCCUGGGGCCACCAAGUGCUGCACCACUGGCUGUGGCCACAUCUGCAAACUGCCCACCAAAGGUAAGGCUGGCACACACACCCCUCACUCCUCCCUCUCUCUGCAUGUGCCAGUGCGGCCCGGGCUCUGUCCCCCCAUGGCUGACGGUGACCAGGUGGCUGAGUGCCUCCUCCUGUGCCUGCAGGACAAGGAUUGCCCCCCUGGCCAGAAGUGCUGCCCGCAGGGCUGCGGCCGGGCAUGUGUCCCUCCACUGUGGGGCACAGCCUAA